AUGAGUGAUGAAAUUCAUGCUCUUGAGGAAAACAAUACAUGGUUCCUCACUGAUUUACCUCCACAUAAAAAGGCAAUUGGUUGCCGUUGGGUUUACAAAAUCAAAUUCAAGGCUGAUGGGAGUAUUGAAAGAGUGAAAGGAGAUGUUUUUGUUGCUCUUUUGGUAUAUGUGGAUGAUAUCAUUAUUGCUAGUAAUGAUGAUUCAGAAGUUUCUCAUUUGAUUUCUUUCCUUAACAUUCAAUUCAAGCUCAAAGACCUUGGUCCUUUAAAAUAUUUCCUUGGCCUUGAGGUUGCUCGAAGUUCUAAAGGAAUUUCUGUUUGCCAAAGGAAAUAUACUCUGGAGAUUAUUGAAGACACUGGUUUAUUGGCCUCUAAACCAGCUACUUUUCCUAUGGAGUCUAAUCUUAAACUCAGUUGUACCUCUGGUGAUCUGUUACAAGAUGCUACUUCUUACAGAAGAGUAGUAGGCCGUUUGCUCUAUCUUACACUUACAAGGCCUGAUAUAUCUUAUUCAGUUCAGGUUCUUAGUCAAUUUAUGGAUUCUCCUAGGCAACCUCACAUGAAUGCUGCUGUUCGUGUUGUUAGAUAUCUAAAAUCAACUCAUGCUCAAGGCCUUUUCUAUCCAUCUGCUUCUUCUUUGCAUCUUAAAGCUUUUUGUGACUCGGAUUGGGCUGGUUGCCCUGACACAAGACAUUCAGUUACUGGUUUUUGUGUCUUCUUGGGUGAUUCAUUGGUUUCAUGGAAAUCAAAAAAACAAAUGACUGUUUCCCGGUCUUCGGCUGAAGCUGAGUAUCGUUCCAUGGCUUCUACCACAUGUGAAUUGAUCUGGUUGUUUAGUUUGCUUAAAGAUCUUCAUGUUCUUCAUCCUCAACCUGCUUUGUUGUUUUGUGAUAGCCAGGCAGCCUUUCACAUAGCAGCUAACCCUGUGUUCCAUGAACGUACUAAACACAUUGAGGUUGACUGCCACAUUGUUAGAGACAAGAUUCAGGCUGGUUUGAUUCAAACUCUACAUGUUACUACUCAACACCAAAUUGCUGAUUUAUUUACCAAAGCUUUGGGUCAUGGUCCUUUCUUUCAUCUUAUCUCCAAGAUGAAUGUUGUUAAUCUCUUCCCUUCAUCUUGA